UGGGAACAGAUGGAUUCUUGAUUAAGUUUUUUAAUGAUGAGAAAGCCUCCUGGCGUGCUAAGCAGUCGGUAGGCCUAUCAUGUGUAAACUGGUCUCUUGUGCCCUCAGCUGUGGUGUAAUUUAGCUUUGGGGAAGGACAUACCAAUCACACAUUUUGCCCACUGGCGACUGCAUGCAGAUAUGAUACCUAACCUGAAUGUUUAGUCUAUUCGUCUAUCAAUGAGAAGAGGACAUCUCUGAAGCCCGGGAUGGAAUACAUUUCAACAGCAGUGAAAGUUAUCUUUCUUUUCUUUUUCCACCUCGGACUGUAUCUUGUUCAAAGCAAAAGUCUGGAGUGGAGCGACGUGUCACGCGGUUUUUCAUCUCAGUAUUUACACCAAACGAGAGGCGGAGUACGGAAGAGAAACAAACUAAACGGAAACCAAUAAUUAUCUAGGAGGGGACUGUUUUUCAUCCGUUAUUCCACGCCUAUUGCGCAUCGAUGUGGAUAAUACUUGCUCUACACUACAGACGACUCACUAGGAACCAGUUGUUAGGGGUUGGUACGAAACUAUCUAUAUAAAAGCAAAGAAAGAUAGGAACAGAUAGAUCAAAGUGUAAUUUAUCAUGCAUAUGAGAAUGACUUAUAAACUGUCAGGUGGAUGGACCGCAACUUCAUAUCAGGAAAGUAGCCACUUUCGCAUCACAAAUAUAUAUGGCUAUAAUUUGUAAGACUAAGACAAAGGUUAUUAGCUGUGAGAUGGCGUGGUCAGUACACUGGGGCCUCCUCCUGCUCUGCAUAGUGAUCCUCUACUGCCAACCAGUGUCCACCGGCAACUACAGCUCCCGGGGGCAGCCAGGUUCGUCACAGGUAAAGACAGGUACCUGUGAAGUAGUGGCUGCCCAUCGCUGCUGCAAUAAGAACAAGAUUGAGGAGCGCUCUCAAACAGUCAAGUGUUCCUGCUUCCCUGGUCAGGUCGCCGGGACAACAAGGGCAAUGCCCUCUUGUGUUGAAGCAUCCAUCGUGCGUCAGAAGUGGUGGUGUCAGAUGCAGCCCUGUCUGGAGGGAGAGGAGUGUAAAGUACUGCCGGAUCUCACUGGCUGGUCCUGCAGCUCUGGAAACAAAGUCAAGACCACCAAGGUGGCGCGGUAGCCAAAAGAAAACAUCUCAGCCAAUCGACUGAGACCCUGAAUGUGCCACGGCCUGGCCAGUUGCCAAUCACACACAUUUUUUGCUUUGAAAAAAAGUGAAGAUCUGCUUCAGUCCCCAGAAUAUAAUGAGGAAUACAAUAGCAAAUGAGCAGCCCUAUCAAAUGAGUAGAGUGACUGAUGUGAACUCAAGAGGAACGCCUAUGUCAUACAGUACUCAUCCUUACUUCCCUGACUGUGUCCUCUGAGAGACAGAGAUGGGUUUAGCCAUGGCAGCCAGCUCCUACCUGAGACUAACGGGCAGAUAAAAAAUAUAGCUUGGCAAGUCUUUCAAUGGGAUUCCAUAUUGUAUUCUGUCAGCGGGACAUUGUCUUUCUGUGACAGAUAAAUGCUGAGCUGGGAAUUGCUGUAUGCAUUCAGGCUAAGUUUUGGAUGAGCCACACGCAGAGACACAACUGGACAAUGUUUCAAUAAAUAGACUGUGAACUUGGACCAAUGACUUUAUGGGGAGACUCUUGCCUAGACUGUCUCAUUAAGCAAUGUGCCCUGCUAGUGACAAGUGGAAGCGCCUUCGAUUUGGGAAUUCUUAUUGAUACAAUAUGUGUAGAGAUUCAGCCACACACACACACACACACACACACACACACACACACACACACACACACACACACACACACACACACACACACACACACACACACACACACACACACACACACACACACACACACACACACACACACACACACACACACACACACACACACACACACACACGUGCACAGAGAGCUUUUCAUCUCACCCAGUUAGACAAGCCACCACCUGCAAGGAUGCGAUGGCAUGCAAAUAGACAGAUGCAAAACAACGGCUGUUUGAAAUGCAAAUCACGAGGAGAGGAGGAGGGAGGAAAGAAGCUUCUUCACUGCCGAGAGUAUUUACAUCACGCUUUAGUUUGUCUUUCCAACUCCCGUCUCCCAUGGAGAGGACCUCUGUAAUAGCAAUGAUGUGAAAUGGUGCAGAAAUGUCUGUGCCUUCAAGCAAAUUGUGUCUACAAGCAAAAUAGAACAUUCAUUCUAAUGUCAUUUACCAUUCUUACUUUCUGUCUUCUCAACACUUUUUUACAUCUGCGUAUACUCAUAAUAAUUAUCAUUCUUUUGUUCAUUCUUAAAGUAAUUUCAGAAUUCAGGAGCGAAGUUUUUACAUUUUACCACUAUGUUGUCGAGUUGUUUUGAUGAUACAGCGCUUCAAUGAUACAGUAAACCAAUUUCUUCCUAAAGCAACAUCACAUCAUGACAACCCAUCAGAACAUGACAUACAGCCAUUUAUGAGUAAAACUCAACACAAAGAGUUGUUUGUUCACAGGUUGGCAUUUAUUGUAAGGAUUGUUGCCCUGGAGGUAACUAUGCAAAGUGGUCACUAGCCAACACAGCCACAAAGUCAAAAAAUCUGUUUUUAAACAUAACCUUAGCCCUAACCUUAACCACACUGCCUACCGUAAUGCCUAACCCUAACCUUAAAUGAAGAUAAAAAAAAGCAUAUUUUAGUUUUCAUGAAUUCUUACGAUAUCGACAAUUUGAUUUUGCGGCCGGCCCAUCUAGUGGAAAUCUCUCAGUUCUGACUACAGGGCAAGAUUCAGGACAAUAAACGUCAACCUGCUUGUUUGCUCACCACUGCCCAAAUCAUUACCUUGUAAAAUUAUUUGGCAUUUACAUCUUAACUGUCACAAAUGGUCAUAUGUAAUGUCAUGUUUGGGACAGAAUCAUUAAUGCUAGUGUAUAUGAUGUCUAACCUAACCUACAGAGAUUCAUGAGAGAGGGGUAAAUUGAUAUUUGUUUUUACAUUCAGCAUCACCUCGUCAAGGGAAAUAUAGUAUUACUUCUAAGAUAUCUACAUAUAUUUCAGGAUGUUGUGUAUCCCUGGAAAUAAUCAAAAUUAAUGUAAACAUUACAGUUUUGAAAACAUAGCUUGUCCAAAAAAAGUGUUCUCUUGGCAUAACUUACUCCGUUUAUGGUUUGAGUUGAGGAGCGGGACAGGGUAAGUUAAGUUGAGCCGCGGGACAUGGUAAGUUAAGUUGAGCCGCGGGACAGGGUAAGUUAAGUUGAGCCGCGGGACAGGGUAAGUUAAGUUGAGCCGCGGGACAGGGUAAGUUAAGUUGAGCCGCGGGACAGGGUAAGUUAAGUUGAGCCGCGGGACAGGGUAAGUUAAGUUGAGCUGCGGGACAGGGUAAAUUAAGUUGAGCCGCGGGACAGGGUAAAUUAAGUUGAGUCGCGGGACAGGGUAAGUUAAGCCACCUGAAUGAAUGAAAUAUUACCACUACCUUUUUAGAACCAUGUCUAUCUUUAUUUCCCAAACACAAUUCAACACAAUCACAAUCUUUUAACACAGGCUUAAAGCCUAACAAACCCUUUGUACUUUUUUAUAAACACGUUUAGCAUAGGCCAGGUCUUGUUGUUAUCUCAUAUCCCAGUGAUAAUGCCUUGCAUUAUGCCUGGGAAGAAAACACUUUCAUUUGUAAACGUACCCCAAGGCAAACAUGUUCACUAUAUUAGCCCACACAGCUACGAGGAUGCACUUUCAUGCUAGGUUUAGGACCUCAUAUUGAGACCCCAACUGAAGUAUUCAACAAUCUUAAAAUAUCUAGUAGUUUGGUUUAGAUCCAAACAUGACGAAACCUGAAACACAAUAAAUUAAUUUGAGUUGUUUAAAAUCUGCUUUCUGGACCUUCUGAAACUUGCUUAGCACUUUUCCAUGUGGUUUCUUCCUUUACGGACUCCAUUAAAUUAAUCAUUGGUCAAAUGAUUAAUUUUGCGUAUAGUUUACUAGAAACAAGGGUGGCUCAACUUACCCCUUUGGCUAAACUUACCCCACUCUCCCCUACUCAACAUUAACAGUUCACAAUUAUUUCUGUUCCAAAUGUAUUCAUCAUAACCGUCUCCUAAUAACCUAGAGAUGACACAGCUAAUUAAUAAAGUGUGAAUAUGAUAAA